GAUUAUGCUAACAAAGAUGGCGAUGAAACCGAAAUCAGGAGCUCUCGCCAAUAUUUCUUUUAACACGAACAACCCUGUGCUAGCAGACUCGCGUGUGUUUGUGGGCAACCUGAGAACAGAGACUGUGACGCAGGAGCAGCUCCACAAGAUGUUCAAGAAGUUUGGACCCAUCACUGGCCUGUCCAUACACAAGGGCUUCGGAUUUGUCCAGUACACGAAUGAGAAGAAUGCGCGUGCGGCUGUGGACGGCACUCAUGGCAAUGACUUGGGAGGACAGAAAAUCGACUGCAGAAUUGCAAGUGAAGGUGCGACGAGGUCUAAAAGCAAGAAACCUUUGGACUCCCGGAAUGACAAGAACUUCAAUGGUAAUGGCCAAGCGCCUUUUGUCCCGCCCACCAAUUUAACCCCAGAACUAGUCCGCAACAAUGUUCUGACGUUGUUACAUGCAAACCCCACAGAUCAGCCGCUAGAUGAGUUCGAAGGAGAGUUUCAACACACGUUCGGCUACUCUCUGUCGUAUCAUGCGAUGCCGCAACUGGGGUUUUCAAACGUCCAAGAGUACAUGUCAAAUGAACUUGGAAAUGUCAUUAGAUUCUGGGUGGACGCCACCAACUCGACAUUCAUGAAGCUGGACGGAGCUAUUCCUCUACCGGAGAAAGUACCGCCACCUGUUUUAACCGCAUCUACAAAUCAGUUCCCGUCACCAGUCCCAGUAAAUCCAGCAGUGCCUAGUGAAAGUCCAUGGGCUCCGAGUGCGGCAGACGAAGUCUCAAAGACAAUUCCAACCCAAGUUAUGACAUCUAAUUUGGUCAUUGGUAGCAACCCUCUUGGAGGUCUAACAUCUAUGGGGUUUCCGAUAACAAAAAUAAGCGAACCCCUCGAUAAACCGAUUACUUCAUAUUACGAGUAUGCAAAAAUCGAGUUUUCAGCUGACAUCAUUUCUAAAGUGUAUUUAGCUCAUUGUGAAAACCCUUCUAAUCUUGUAGUGCAGAUUUGCGGCGAGGAGUUUUCGUCUAGCUUAGACGAUUUGAACCAACGAAUGAGUGCCCUUUACAACGACGAGAGUCGAAAACAUCUUUACGAAGUGAGCGACACGUUUUUCUCGAUCGGUCAGUGCUGUGUGGCAAAAUACGAAACUCUACAUUACAGAGCCAUCAUUUUGAAUGUUUUAACAGCUUCGAAAAAAUGUGUGGUUUUGUAUGUUGAUUAUGGAAAUGAAGAUCAGAUUGAUUGCAAUGACAUUUUGGCUCUCCAUGAAGAUUUUAUUCAACUUCCAAUGCAAGCGAUUCAGGUGUCCUUAGCACGUCUGGCUCCCAGUGGAUCUACAUUACGAUGGGUUCCAGAAGCGAAAACUGAAAUUGACGAAUAUCAAGACAUAGUUCUAGAUUGUAAACUAGUCCAUGUGGAUUCGAGACAACUCUUCGUGCAACUUUCAGACCAGGGAAAAUCUUUGUCAGAUAAACUGUUAAAGAGUAAGAUUGCGAAGUACCAGGAAAUGAGUUACGGAACAUCGAAUGCAAUCAAACAUUUUCCACCAUGCUCUAGAUACCAGAAGUUGGACUUCGCCAUGAAGAGCAGUCGUCCAGAGACUAGUCACAUGUUCGCUAGUCCGUCAGUCGACAGGCCGACAAAUGCCAUGAACUCACCUCACUUCAAUAUAGGCUCACGGAUCUCACCCAGUCGCUCUCUGAUUUCGGCCGCUGGAGAUAAAUCGGCUAAUUUGACUCCGAGCAAGUCUCCACCGCUUAAUCACACAGCCUCUGCUUCAGCUUUAACUUCUAAGCUGGUUUCACUGUCAGGCGACGCUGCCCAACCAGUAGGAAACAACACACCAAGUUCGCUCAAUAGUUUAGGAGGUAGUGGGUCUGUGUUUCCGUCACAGUUGCCGACUUACUUGAUUCCGGCCUCGUGUUUUCAGCCAAACGUGGCAGUGAUUAGUCCGGCGGCACCAUCUAUCUCUAACAGUCCUUUUCCUAGCUUCAAAAGCACCGGGCAAAGCAUGCCCAAAAUCUCUAGUAUGGCAGCCCUUCCACCUCCCCCAACCGGUCUACCACAGCCGCAACCCCCUUCAGACAGGUGCUGGGAACACUCGAAAAUCACGCGACACACUAUAAACGACCCCGCUAAUGGCAAGUGGGCGGUGCAUGUAAUAACCGGCUCAUACCCUGGAAUCUACAUCUCGAUGAUAGAACGGAUGAAAAUAACGGGAGAGCCACCCCAAUAUUUGUUGUCUCACCAGCACUGUAUUUUAGUCCAUAAAGGUUUCGACUCGCUGUACAACGAAUUGCGUAGUCUGAACCUAUUGUACAAUAACGAGAUAAUUCUUUGUGAUUUGGACAGAACCUAUAUGGCUUUGAAUGCGUCUUCUCACAAGAUUCUUGACAAUGAGUUGCUCGAUGGUUUAUUUGACGUCAUUUUGAGGGCCACUGGGCCCCUAAAACUAACCUCUACCACAAGUUUGUGGUGAACUUGAAUUUUGUUUUUGCUUAGAGUUCAUUUUAUUAAUUCUAACUUUUUUCAACUA